GAUGACCAUCCUGUGUUGUCGGGGCUGCAGGUCUGUGAGCGCAGGGGCACCGCACCCAAAAUCAGCCUGACCUGCAGAACAGCUUAGAACGGGCCAAAUUAUUGCAUUUUCUCCCCGAGAUUUUGGAUUAUUUCAGCCUAAGUGAAGAUUUCAACAUCUUCAGUGCAUAGUGAGGAGCAAGACCUUUUGCAGUAUUUUGUGGGUUUUGGUCCAGUGUCCAUGAUGAGUGCGGAGCUGGAGCAGCUAAGGCAAGAAUGUGAGGCCCUCAAGAACCACAUCAGGGACGCUCGCAAGGCAUGUCAGGACACCACGUUGAUACAGGUGACGGCCAACAUGGAGGCAGUAGGCCGUAUUCAAAUGAGGACACGGCGAACUCUCAGAGGCCACUUGGCAAAAAUUUAUGCCAUGCAUUGGGGCUCAGACUCUCGAAAUCUUGUAUCUGCUUCACAGGAUGGUAAACUAAUUGUCUGGGACUCCUACACAACUAAUAAGGUCCAUGCCAUCCCGCUGCGGUCAAGCUGGGUGAUGACUUGUGCCUAUGCACCAUCAGGAAGCUAUGUGGCCUGUGGAGGGCUGGAUAAUAUUUGCUCCAUCUACAGUUUGAAGACACGGGAGGGCAAUGUGCGCGUUAGCAGAGAACUUCCUGGACACACUGGUUAUCUUUCAUGCUGUCGCUUUCUUGAUGAUAACCAGAUUGUCACAAGCUCUGGAGACAUGACCUGUGCCCUGUGGGACAUAGAGACUGGACAACAGAUGACAUCAUUCACAGGCCACACAGGCGAUGUUAUGAGCCUAUCACUUUCAGAGGACCACAGGACGUUUGUGUCGGGAGCCUGCGAUGCCAGCGCAAAAUUGUGGGAUAUCCGAGAUGGAAUGUGCAAGCAGACUUUUACUGGCCAUGAGUCGGACAUCAAUGCCGUCACUUUCUUUCCAAAUGGCAAUGCUUUUGCUACUGGCUCGGAUGACGCAACUUGCCGCCUGUUCGACAUCAGAGCAGACCAGGAGUUGAUGCUGUACUCACACGACAACAUCAUCUGUGGAAUCACCUCUGUGGCCUUCUCCAAGAGCGGCCGGUUGCUGCUGGCUGGCUAUGAUGACUUCAACUGCAAUGUGUGGGACUCCAUGAAGGGAGAACGUGCAGGUGUUCUGGCUGGGCACGAUAACCGUGUGAGCUGCUUGGGUGUGACAGAUGAUGGAAUGGCAGUAGCAACUGGUUCCUGGGACAGCUUCCUCAAAAUCUGGAACUAGGGAGUCAACACGCUACCCCUCCUGUUCAAAUCCCUGCCUUGAGAUUUCCAUAUUCGCCAAGAAUCUGUUGAGAGCCUCUAGAGUUGGCCAAAUCACAACUUUCUUGGUGGAAAGCCAGCCAAACAAGUCCUUGAGACCGUAGCAUAGUAGAGAGGGACCUGUCCUUAUCUGUUGUCGUUAGCAUGUAUGUAGCGCGCAAGUGUGCAAGACUCGAAAAGUGUCUCCCUCCCCUCCCCCUGAGUGUCAGAUGCGUGUUGUAAGGACUUUGAUUUCGUUUGGGACCAAGGCUAGGUUAUAAGAAGCUUUUUCCAGACUUGCAGGAUGUGCCCAUUGGAAUGUGUAAUAGAAAUGGCAGGAGAAAAUUUGUAUUUAGCUGAAUUGCAUCAAAAUGUGCAUCUGAUGCCAAUAUGAUGGAGACUAUUGUAUCCAGUACAAAGGUGUAAAGUAAUGCAUUGCCAUGCCAAGAGAGAAAAAUCCAUUAACGUUAGUUCCUGUGCCCUGAUUUAAUUACUAUACAUAUAGCUUUUACUGAACUCUAAUGGAUUUAGAUCGAGGACAAAGGGGUUGUCCUUGUUACUGUGGAGAUUUUUGCACUUAACAACUGCACUGCUUCAGAGGAAGGAACUUGAACUAUUUAUUGUGUAACUUCUCUCCACAACUGUGUGUGAACCCAUGGUUUCCCAAGCGAGUGUGAGUAAGCUACAACUCGUGUCUGUGGCAAUGCUACAGUCCGUGCAUGUGUCUGGUGUACAGAAUAAGUUUUUUUUCCACUCAAGCUAAUCAAAAAUGUCCUUUUUACUUUGCUUGUACCAUGAACUGCCAUUCCAGUAGACAAUGCUCUGUGUAUGAAAGGCAGAAAAAGAUAAUUAAUCAGCAAGGAAAACACCAAUUUCCACACCAAUCUCAAGAAUUUGGUAUAUACUGUCUAGAGUGUAUUUGGCUUGUGGUCUAUUCAUUCCUGAGGAUUCAAUUUGUGCACCUAAUAGCAGUAGAUAGCAUGAAAAAUCUCCCUUUUCUGUGAUUACAUUACUACUCUAAUUCCUAAUGGAUGUAUACUACCGGCUUAAGUAGAGUCGUAAAAGAAUAUGGAUUCUUGCAGAUCUAUUGUAUAUGUCGCAUGUAGGAUAUUUUGUAUAUGUGCCUGUGGAAAGUCCUGUUUAACGAACAUCUUUGUGUUUUGAAGAUGUAUGCACCAUUCCUCUUUUGUUCACCUUUGACUUCUUAUUAUCAUUAAUAACGUGUAUUUAAAAAAGAAAAUACAAAGCAUGGAAAUAUGUCUGUAAUCAGUGAUGAUUUUUUUCAUCAGUGUUUUGAAGAAAUGACCUUAUUUAUGAAAAAGCCAAUUUUACUGGAGGACUGGAUUGUGAGAUGAUGUAUAACUGGAGGGUAUUUGUAUUGUGUAAUUUGACAUGUUCAAUAAAAGCCAGGUCGUCUUUGAAUGAA